CCGCGUCGACUCGCGCGAACGUGCGAUGCCGCGAAACCGAAACGCCGUCGCGCGCCCGCCGGGGUACGACGAUCUCUUGGACGCGUACGACGACGAGACGCGCGGCGUGAGAGCGACGAAUCCGACGACGCUGCGAACGAAGAUUCGAAAGUUUUUGGCGGAAUUCGACGUCUCGGUGACGUCUUUUCAGGCGCUCCUGGGCGUGAAUUCGAACUCGUUCGGGAAGUUUAUGGCGGGGCAUUACAAGAAUAAGUGGCGCGCGAUGGAAAACGGGACGUACGCGGCGGCGGAUUACUUUUUCUGGCGCGAGAAGAAGAUGAAGAGUCAGAGCGUCGGGGCGACGCUGCGGGCGCGAGACGCGGGCGCGGGCUCGAGUGGGAUUUCGGCGCGAUCGCCGUUGGCGUCGACGAUGAAUCGACACGUCGGAGGGCUGCCGAACAGCGCGGUGAUUCCGGCGAGAGAUUCGUGCGGCGCGGCGAACGCGAAGGCGAACUCGCGCGGGAAGCUGCCAGACGUCUCGGACGUGGAGAUCGACGGCGAGACCUGGCUCACGCCGGGUGAGGUUAGAAAGGAAAUCAGUGAUUUGAAUCGACGGUAUAAAUUCUCAAGCGUCGAACUCGCGAGAGCGGCGGAGUGCGCCACGGGGGUUCAGCCGGGUGCGCCGGUGAAUCGAUUUUUGGCCAAGGGGGGCGAGUUCGGUGGCGACCAGAUGGACUGUUACGACCCUCUUGCGCGCUUCUGCGAAAAGAUGCGAAUCUUCGAGAAGCGACCAAAGUCGAACAAGCGCCAGGCUCUCGAGAUCGAUCACGCGCGCCGUCAGGAGCAGCUGAAAUCGACGCCGUUUUUUGCGCUGUUGCCGCCGUCGGCGACGAAACCGUUUCUCGGUCUCGACGGCACAAAAAAGCAUCUCAUGCCCUCGGGCAUGGGAUUCGCGAAGGACUCCCUCGGUCGCCUCGUGAUUAUGGAUCUUUGAUCACCGCGCCGAUCGAAUCUGUCGAUUGUAUCCACCGAAUCGAACAUGACGCGAAGAGCGUUCAUGAUUCGAGACGGUUGUGCGAACGAAGCCGCGGCGGAAUCCGCGCUCGUUCGCUUCACGACCUAUGUAGCACCACA